GGCCGCGCUUGCUCACCCACUAGGCAGUAUCAACAUGGCAGCUUUCUGAGUUUUGGAGGAGGGGGACCUGGUGUAAAUAAACACAUAUUUCACGUUUUGCAGACAACGACAGCGUCCGCGUGUUUGUGUUUCGGGACUGGCCGGAGCCGAGGGGGGGAUCAUGUCGAGUGACGGGAGCAGAAAACAGUUCUGGAAGAGAAACGCAGCCAAGGUUCCUGGCAGCAUUCAACAUGUAUACGGAGCACAGCAUCCGCCCUUCGACCCGCUCCUUCACGCGAAUCUAAUUAAAGCAGGUAACAAGCUGCCUCCGGCCACGCCAGGCAAGCCCAAGAAGGCGACCACCUUCCAGGAAUUUGAGAGCAUCACAAGUGACGCAUGGGAUGUCGGGGAUGACGACGACGAGCUGCUCGCCAUGGCUGCACAGAACCUUAACAUCGAGGUGGUCAUGGAAACGGCAAAUAAGGUGAUUGAGAAUCAUAGCAAGCAGCAGGAGAGACAGAGGCUGGACGACUCGACCGAGCUGGAGCAGAGAGAAGAGGACACGCAGGAGGAGACGGCGGAGGGCGAGGACGAGGAGGAGAACGAGGAGGAGGACGAGGAGGAGAGGGCGGAGGAGGGAGAAGCGACCAUCCCAGAGGCGUCGUUCGCCUCCCAGAGCAGCUUUUAUGCUGACGGUCGCCUGGUGAAAUCCCACAGCGAAGCUCCAAUUGGGUCACCUAAAGAUGCAGCGGGUGAGUUUGCAUCGCUCCACAGACAGCGGUCUCUGCCCCACCGGCCUCCCGUCAUCCCGCUGGUGGCUCGCAUGGCUGACCAGAACACAUCUGGCACCCCGGCCAUGACCGAGAGGGAGGCGUCCCGCCUGGACAAGUUCAAACAGUUGCUGGCCGGGCCCAACACAGAUCUAGAAGAGCUACGGAAACUCAGCUGGUCUGGAAUCCCAAGACAGGUCCGACCGAUCACGUGGAAACUCCUCUCCGGUUACCUGCCAGCUAACGCCGAGAGGAGAGAGAGCGUCCUGCAGAGGAAGAGACAAGAGUACUUUGGCUUCAUCCAGCAAUACUACGACUCCCGCAAUGACGAACACCAUCAGGACACGUACAGACAGAUCCACAUAGACAUUCCUCGGAUGAGUCCCGAGUCUUUGGUGCUGCAGCCGAAGGUGACAGAGAUUCACAUUGACAUACCGAGAACUAAUCCCCUUAUUCCUCUUUUUCAACAAGCUUCUGUCCAAGAGAUUUUUGAGCGGAUCCUGUUCAUCUGGGCCAUCCGCCACCCGGCCAGCGGCUACGUGCAGGGCAUCAACGACCUGGUCACGCCGUUCUUUGUGGUCUACGUCUUCGAGUACAUCGAGGAGGAAGUGGAAAACUUUGACGUGUCCAGUCUCGAGGAAGAGGCUCUGAGGAACAUCGAGGCUGACAGCUUCUGGUGCAUGAGCAAACUGCUGGACGGCAUCCAGGACAACUACACAUUUGCCCAACCAGGGAUCCAGAGGAAAGUCAAGGCCCUGGAGGAGCUGGUCAGCAGGAUUGAUGAGUCCGUGCACCGCCACAUGCAGCAGUACGAGGUGGAGUACCUGCAAUUUGCCUUCCGCUGGAUGAACAACCUCCUGAUGAGGGAGCUGCCACUACGCUGCACGAUCAGACUGUGGGACACCUACCAGGCUGAACCAGAGGGCUUCUCCCACUUCCACCUGUACGUGUGCGCUGCCUUCCUGGUGCGGUGGAGGAAAGAGAUUCUCGAGGAGAGGGAUUUUCAGGGACUAAUGAUCCUCCUGCAGAACCUUCCCACAAUGCACUGGGGCAACGAGGAAGUGAGCGUGCUGCUGGCCGAAGCCUACAGGUUGAAGUUUGCCUUUGCCGACGCGCCCAACCACUACAAGAGAUGAUAGGCGUGGCCCCGCGCAGCUGCUUCCCUCCUCCUCCUCCUCUUCCCCUCUGUCGUCUACUGAACUUAAAAGGCCUCGAUUCCUACACGGAAUGAUUUCCCCCCCUUUCUCUUAACCCCACCCUUUCCCGAAAUUGCCCAAUGGGCCCUUGCAGCAACUAAGAGAUUCAAAUCAACCAAUGACUAGGAGGCACGUGAGGUGUAGCAUUCUAACACGAUCAUGUGGAGCCUUUUUUAUUAUUAUUAUUAUUUGUAUUUUUUAUUUUUCUCGGAUCAGCUCUGAAAUGUGCACUCCCGCAGAGCUCGACGUCAUCUGAAGACCGUGACUCACUGUCGGGGGUUCGGACUGACACCUCGGCACACAACCUGCUUACUGUUGUUUCCAGUACCAUGGCAAUACAUUGUUCUUUGUUCCCUGAGGCAAAAAUGUGACCUUUUUCUUUUCUUUUCUUCUUUAAGCCUGCCAAGACAAAGAAAGAUGGCAAAAGGACACUGUGCUACAUGGUUUACAUAUCUGAGCCCCGCUCCUGGUCACUACAGACCCCGUAGGAACGGGACCUCUUCUGUUUUUUUCUUUUUUCUCUCUCUCCACACCAGGGGACACGCAGAUCGUUCUCCUUCAUGAACACACCGGGGUUUUACAGAGAGAGAGAGAGAGAGAGAUAUCAUCGGUCUAGGCAUGGAAGCAUAAUGCCUCCCUCCUCCCACAAACCGCGCACACCAGCUCAAUCCCGCCUUCGUCCCGUCCUCCCACCCGCACACCGACAGAACAGAGUUUUAGACCAACGGCGGUAAGAGGCUGCAGGUCAGGAGAGUCACUCACACACGCACACACACACACCCCAUUAUCCAAGACGGUAAUAAGCCAUCAGCAGUAAGAAGACGACUUAUUCCCACUCAUUAGGUUUCCCUCGGACCUGCCUGUAUACGAAGGGCCACGUCUUACCUGUUACUCAUCCUUCUCUCUGAAGCUACGACUACCUCAGAACAAAAGUCAACACACGAGUGGAGAUCCACUCAUUAAGACACACACAGACGCAAACAUCAGUUCGGUGUCAAAGUAAACAAUAUGCAGAAAGUGAAAUGUCCUCGUGGAAACUCAAUUCGUGAGACUGUGAAGAUCAAAAUUAACAAUUUUGGCUUAAAUAAGGUAAAUAGUUUCCCUCUCACCUGUUCCCCAUCCCCCGUCUUAUGGACCCUUUUUUCCCCUCAAGGGCUUAAAAAGAAAAUGCACCAUGCGACGUUCCAAUUUGUUGGUUCGGUGUCAGUGCAAAUCGUCUUUGACAUUUCGAAGAGAGAGGACACUUUUUGUUCGAUUGUUUGAUAUGAUACCAACAGCGAGCGCUCAGACGAAAUGUGUGUACAGUAAAAGUGCAACCGUUCACAAAACAACUUCAAAUAAAGAGACAUUUCUUUAUACAUUCUCUGAAACCUAGUUGCACCUAAAAGAUAAAGCUUUGAUGCGAGUUCAGUUUCAGUUAGGGUUCAUUCUUAAUAAGAUGUCACCCAUAAGGCCUACAAACAGUAGUGGACGCUGUGAUAAGUCAAAGUCGCCCCCGUCGCUCAGAUUCAGGACGGUCGUCGAAGCCGCUUUCCAUGUUUGUCCUCGGCUGUAAAUUAAAACGCGAUGCCGUACAGCAGGUUCGUAUCGGAAUUAUCUUUAAACCCCUUUGGUUCUACUCUUUCUGAAUUUAUUUCCCCAGACUUGGAGAAGCUGGUCUGAACCCACAUCAGAUGUGACAGAAACGUGGUGGGCUUAAUAAUCGAACGGACGAAAGCAGCAGGUGCAGAUAAAUACGGCCUUAUGAUUCUAAACACUGAUCAUUGUACUUCGUCAUUCAUUUGCCCUUUUGUCACCGUCUUUGCUGCAUUGUCCCCGUUCGUGUCUCAACCAAAGUCAGUCGCACCACAUUGGUGUGAUGUUGGGAGGAGACGAUGAACGUGGGCGGAAUCAGACAGUCGUGACAUUAAACACAAAGCUAUACAUGUCGCGACUUCGCCGAGAUCCAUCGUCGUCACUCGAGCCCCCCGAAGACGGUGUGUGGAGGGGAGAUGGACGGAGAGCUGUCAGUGUCUCUCACACAGUCUGCACAAGUUUCACAAGCCAUGCUCUCUGACAAGAAAAAAAGAAACUAUACUUGAUUUAAAAAGUCUGUAGCCUUGUCUUCCCCCUCUCUCUCUCUCUCUCUCUCUUUGUAAGAGAUAUAUUCUUUCAAUCAGCAUUUCUUUAAAGAUUUUCUUUUCUGUUUUUUUUGGUUUAAACAUUUUUUUUUUAUGCUGUUUACAUGACACGUCUGUUAAAUUGUGCCUGACUCUGGAGACACGAGACGACGUCCUAGAUAUGAAUUUAAAUGAACUCGGAAACUUGGUUUUAGAUUUCUGCCAGCAAUAGAAAGACAUUUUGAACUUGCAGUGACAAGGCUUCCUUUUUUUGUGCACAUGUAGUUUUCUGGGCGUAGGGUUUGUCAGCCACCAAUGUAAACUGUUUGAUUUUACUCUGGCCAUUUACACCAUAUUCAUCGUCCAAACUCGGCAACUGACUGUUUUGCUAAACUGCUGCCGCCGGCAGCAAGCGUUCAAUUACAGCUUGGCAACUGUAAACUAGAACACGUUCGACCCGUCAGGCUUUAGAUUUCUGCACGUGCUGAGGCGGUGGUCAUAAAGAUCGCAGCCCCGGGCAAAAUGCUGGAGGGAAUAUUUUGGCGUCACUUUUUGAACAAGGGGGAAGUGGGAGACGUGUCGUCCAUCUCCGCAGACAAGUCGGGGAGUUUUAAACUGAGCGUGCAGAGUGAGUGGAUAGCCUGACGGGCAUAGCAACAGUAACUAAGGGAGAAAUUGGAGAACAGUCAAUUAUUGUCCAGUUCAUUAUCCAAAGUUCCUAUUUUUUUUGGUUGCCUUAUUGCACACAUUAAUACUGAACACUGGGGGGGAUGCCAGAGAUGCCCAGGAAAACAACUCCUGUCGGAGGUUUACAGUAAGUCGCUCUGAGUGUGUGUGUGUGUGUGUGUGUAAGGAGAAUUUUUUUCAAUUGUUGGUGUAAUGUCAUGAGCAGCAAAUUCCCCUUUAUGAAGAAUUAGCCGCCUUUCGGACAUAAACGAUGUUCUGUCUGGCUGGAGCCCUAUAUUAGUGCCACACACACACACACACAAACUUCAAACACUCUUUUUGAGCAUCUUCAGGAGGAGUAUCAUUUUUCGUCUGCUUUCAUUUCUUUUAGAGUUGGUUUUUUUCUCUAUCGCUCUACUUCUCCCGACGCACAAAUAGAAUCAUGAAAACCAAACAACAAAAACAAGAUCCGCCCCUUUUUUGGGGGGGUUGAGUUUGUUUAUUUUUGCCUCAUGAGUACUCAGAAAAAGAAAAAAUCUAAUAAUGCUAGAGUGUUGUGGGCGACAGGAGUAGUGGUUCUUGAAUUUAAAAUGUGUACAGAGAAGAUUUUGAAACAAAAAUGUGUAAAUAGAAAGUGUAAAUAAAUCCUAUAUAUAUGACCAAA